UCCCCCACACUAAACCCGGUCCCCACAUUAGACCCGGUCCCCUACACUAGACCCGGUCCCCUACACUAAACCCGGUCCCCACAUUACACCCGGUCCCCACAUUAGACCCGGUCCCCUACACUAAACCCGGUGCCCGACCGACCGGUUGGCUCCACUGCGCCCUCUCCCGGGGGCGGCGAGGCCGCUGAGCCGGCGCGUGCGCGCGGUGCCGAGAGCCGCGGCCUUGCUCCGCCGGUGGUGAUGCGCAAGAUGUCGAUGCUCAGUUCGGUGCAGAUCAAAGAGGCGAACGCGCACCUGGCGGCCGUGCACCGCCGGGUGACGGAGCUGGAGCAGCGGCUGGACGCGGCCGAGCGCACGGUGCGGGAGCAGGCCGAGCGCCUGAUGGGCAAAGACCGGGAACUUCAGGCCGCAGUCAGGGAGCUGGCCCAGCGUAAGGACCGGGAGAUGGUGGAUGUACAGGCGAAGCUGCAGGACUGUGAAGGGACGGUGCAGAGAUUACAUAUGCUGAUGAAGGAGAAGGAUGAUGUAAUUGCCCAGCUGAGGCAUCGCAGUCAACUGUUGGAUAAAAUCACCCGUAGCCGACCCCUCCUUGACAACUUGCUGUCCUACAUGGCUGAAGCUGAACACUCACACAGCGUCCGUCUUCCACAGCCCACUUUCCCUGAACACCCAGCAGAAUCCCUUCACUCAGUCACCAACGGGUUAAUGAACACCAGCCCCAAUGACCGGAAUUUCUCUGUCAGUGAGGAUGAUACUGAAGAGCUGGACCAGGAUGAUUCGAUCUUUGGGACCACAGUUUAAAUCUGCACCUGAUCCAAGUUGAAUGAUGCUGGGAAGAGCCAAAGUGCCUGUUAAGUUUGCAGAUCUGGAAGCCACACCAAAACCUGUGAUCAUGAAGCAUUAGUUGAGAAAGCGGAAGCUAAACGUUCUCUUUCACUCCAAGUAAUCUGAUUGUUGGAUUUCCUGACAUUUUAUUCCAAAGCUACUAGGAUUUGAUGGAAAUUUACCUCACUAUAAAGAACGUGGCCUUCAGAACAGUGGACUGUUAACACUGUUUUUCAAUUUCUUGAUGCAGUAAACAUUGGUGUUGGGGUAACUCAGAUUUCAGGCUUGAGCACCAUGAUCUUUGAUUCGACAGUAGGGAGAAGUGAUGACUUACUCGUAGAGCACAAAGGGCAAACCCCAGGGUCCAGCCUCCUCUCCUUCUAUGUUCCUCCAAGGUUUGGAAUGUGUGGAAUGUCCCUGAGUUUCUUAUUGGUUGCAAUGUGUGUUGGGUGAUUAACUGUCAUUUGCUGUACUGGGGUUGUUAUUUCCACAUUGGGAGUCCAGCCAUUCGUGAGGAGUGCUGGCUUGUUAGUGAGCUGGUUUUGUUGUAUUGUUCUUUGCCUUUAGGACUUGAGUUUAAAGCCAGCCCAAAUACACUGAUAGUUUUUGCUAGCUGGCAAGGUAGUGUUUAUAGAUUCUACUGCUCGUGUAGUGGCGAACAUUUCCAAUUGUUGAGCUGCUUGCAUUGGUGGAGAUUGAAGAUUGAUACCUGGCCAAGGACGCAGAGAACUUCGAACUUUGUCGUGUGUGACACGUCCCUGCUGCCCCUGUUCUGAUAAUUGCCCAAAUUGUCUGCUGCAAAGUGGAGUGCAAUCCGUGCCUACUUAAAUAUUGGGUUCUGUUGUCUCUCCAUCAUCAAGAAUUUAAAGUCCUUUGUCACAACAUUUAACUAGAUAGCCAAAGUCAUGAGGGUGGGGAUUGCUUCCUUGCUGUUGACCCCCUGCUGCCCAGCACUUUGCAGAACUGGCAGUGGAACAGGAGCAGCAAUGGAGGUGGUUCUUGGCCACUUGACUAUUAACAAUCUCAUCUAGUUGGCUUAUUCAGUCAAUCAUCCCAAUAACACAGACACAAAAAAAGCACAUUGUGCAAAUGGACCCUGCAUCAUUUGCACCUGGAUUCAAAUCCUGCAACAAUAAUUAGAAGGUUCUUCUAAUAAUAUUGUACAGAUAAUAUUGUUUCUCCUUCCUCUUGCUCUCUAAUUGGCCAUUGUGAGUCCCUGCACAACACACAGGAUGCCCAUUUUAAUGGGGACUCUAAUUUUCUUUCUCCACUCACUGUCUCUCCCUCACUUCUCAGAUCGAUUCAGCAAAACCUAAACUGGUUUCCUGGAUUCAUCAUUGCACUAGUAGUGCACGGGAACUACAUGCAGUGCACAUGUAAUUCACUGAAGUAACUGGGUGACAAAUUGAAUGGGGCAUGUUAGUUAACUACAUCCACAUCUCUUUUGCUUGCCUGUCUAAAAGCAGUGGAUAUAAAAAGGAAAUUCCAUCUUCAAAUCACAGGUCUCUUGAAGGUUAUGUCAUUCCUACCUCAGGUUCUUAAAACCAAACAAAUAAAAGUGGGUAAUUAUCUUUCAAGUAAGUUGGUGGGUAGUGAGUAACGGUGUCAGUGCGUUAAUCGUCAUUUUGUAAAAUGGUCAGAAAUGUUUAUAAGUUUUGUGCAGAAAGACCUUUGCAUUUGUGUUUAAUCCUAAAUAAUACCCGUCAGGCCACCUGUUCCUUAUCACACUACUAUUAUAUACCUUUUCCUGCAUGAAAUUGGCUGCUGUACUUAUGACCUUGAGAAGGAACUUCAGAAGUACUUUCCAAUCUGUAAAGUGUUUCAACCGAUUCUGGAUCAAUGGAUGCCCCUUUAUAAAUGUAAUUUACUUCUUCCAUUUGAUGUUGAAUUGAGCCGGUGACCAGCAACCUGAAAGUUGCCUGGUCUCCUCCCGCAUUGGAUUGAAUUCCGCCCUCCACAUAGAAACAUGGUUUGGGAACCCAGUGACUCAGGGGAAUAAAUGCCAGCUCCACUGUUGCUUGUCUUUGCUGCAAUCAGAUGCUUUAUUUGGCUAUACUGAAUACGUAUUAAUUCCAGCACUUGCCUCCCAUCCCACUCACUUUGAAAUAUAUGCACUUUAUUCCAUCUCAGCUGUACAGCAAGGAUCUUCCCACUUCCAGUCAUCCUGCUGGUUCCACUGUUUGCAUCCUUGUAUCCCUAUCAUUAGCACAUCUUCCCCAGCAAUGGGCCAUUAUGGACUCCACCCUUCCUGAGGUCAUCUGCUGCUGGCCCUGUUUUGUUCUGUCUUUCAGUUUGAAGAAGGGUCCCGAAAUUCCUCAGGUCAUUUUGAACUCACAGGCUUCUGUUGCCCUAGCUCACUUUAAAACCACUUACUGAAAAAUGUAUUAUGCUAAAUUUGUUACAUGUAAAAAUAUUGCAGAAUAACAGGGCAGUUAUAGGCAUUACAUCCAAUCAUUUAGAAAAUCUGAGAGUGCAUCACCACCAGAGUCCAGAGGGUGCUGGAUUAUUUGAGAAUUACUUUACUUUUUUGCAGCAAAUGUGACAUUUAUAAUUACUGGUACAGGUUUGGGGUAUUUGGUGUGACUGAUUUGCAGUAUACACACUCACUUCACUGGACUUUGUCUCCUGUGUAGCUCUGGUUUGGUUUGUGAUGGGACUGAGAUGCCCUCGAAUGCAGCAGCCGAGGCCACAUCUGUGUACUUGAAUAUAUAAUUUCUAAAUGUAACAACAUCCUAAUGGGAAGUGACUUCUGAAGACGGCCUCUCUACAGUGAAGAAUAUGCAGGCUGUCCCACACAGGAGUCCUGGCACUUAGCCAAUAUACUCAGUUGGUGUGCCAUUUUAUUGCUACUGUUGCAUUGAGAUAUCUCUGCGUCUUUAAAAGUGGUGGCAUGCCUUGGCAUCUACCUCCAACCAGAUUCCUCAAUCUAGUUCAUGGUAACUGGUGAAGAAUUGCACAGUUGUAUCUGAGGGGAACUGGUUGAUGUUGCAUUGUUGGUCUUGGGUGGAGGUUUCUCCUUAACUGUUCAGUGUCAGCUGCACUUUGCACAUGGUCUAUGAUCCUUUUCCUCUUGCCCCUCCCACCACCAAAGAAAAUGGAGGAAGUGUGCAAUCACAACAAUGUUAGUGUAUAAAUCGCAUCUCUAAAAACUAAUGACUGUUUAGAGCAAUGCUAAUUGUCAGUAGAGUUGUACUUGUAUAACCAUUCUGUAUGUAAACACUCAUAUCCAGUAGUAUAGCAAUAACCUUCGAAAGGACUGUUACUUUACAAUAUCCAUAUGGUUCCAUUAUUCUGUGUAAUCAAUAAUAGUCUUCAUAUAAUCAUUCUAGCAUAGCCAAUGAUAACGUAAUCACUCCUAAAUCUUUAUCUAGAUUUUGGUCAUAUAAACCAUAAUUUUUCAUGUAGUCAUUCUCUGGAAACUAGAACUACAUAAUGUUGGAAUUUCAUUAUUAUGUUAAUCUGCUGUAACUCUAUUUUGGUUCAUUUAUAUCUAGCUCACUUUUUAGUUUUAAAAUGUAUCUUGCAAGGUAGGUAACUGCGGCCAUCAGUUUUAGACUGGAAUGAUUCUCAAAAAUACAAUGAGCUGAUUUGGCAUGUUCUUUGAAUAUAGUGGUUGUCAAGAUUCCUGUAUCAAAGGAUUUUGUUUUUUUUGUUUAGUUGUAGAUAUAUGUAAUAAUCCAUGGUCCCUGGAUGGGGGACAUAUCUGAUAUUAAAAUGACAAGAACAGACGCUAUCCUUCAUCUUAGUCAAGAGUGUUCAGAUCCCUUAUUGUGCUUCACCGCAAUGAUAUAUUAAAUAAAAUGCAAGUAGCUUGAACACUAUUCUGAAGUGCUCAUCAAAAACAUUAGCACUUAACUUUGAGGGGAAAAUACUCAAGAUAGUUAUGUUUAUAUCCAGCAGUGGAUAGUCAGGGAAUAGGAGAGGGAGCACAAAUGGAGGAAGAAGCACAGUUUAAUGAUUGCAUAAGUCAUGUUUGUGUAAAAUAUAAAGUUUUGUUUGGAGGGUUUUGGGACUAUGAUGAAAACUUAUUUUGUUAAGUUUGCUGGAUGAAUGUACCACACUUGCUCAGGGUUAUUUUUGAUCAUUGUUUGUAGAUAGAAAUCUGGUAAGCGGUGCCUUUUAUAAAACUAUGCAAUAACUUUAUAAAUGAUUUUUGCAAGUUC